GACAUUCCUCAAGGCUCAAGCUAUCUGAUUGAAUUAUUUAUUCAGUUCACAGAUCGUUUUCUGACCAACUAAGUAGUUGGGUACAGCCCACUGUUUCAGUGUUACAUCAUUUCUCUUGAAUCUUGACCCGUCAAAAUUGAACCAUUUCUUUGUUCAACAAACUCUUUAGCUCUGGACCUUAACUUGCGAGGUCCUCCAUCUUAUGAGCUUGUUUUUGUGGAAAACCCACUUGGAAAUUUGUAAGAUUUCUCAUCAGUUUUAGUACCCACUUUGAAUUUGUAAGAUUUCUCAUUACAUUUAGUACCCAAAAAGUAUAGUGGCAUUUGCUUGAAGUUUGGUUGAUCUAUUUAUGCUCAAGUAGGCGCAUUUUUACAAAAUUUUAAAGGUAUAUUUGGUUUUUGGUAUAUGUUGAUAGCAGUUGGGGUGGAAAUGAAGGAGAUGAUGGUGUGUCAUUUUAGAUCUAUCUAUGCAAAGGUGUUUAUUUUCUACAACAAAAUAGUAAAGGGUCACUUUAAAUUUUGGAUCUUUCCAUCAUUUAAUGGAUUUGCUACUGGUUCAUUGAUAUCCUUCCUUAUGGCCAUAAUAUGUGCAUAUUUUUAUUUGUUUCCUCUGUUUCAACCAGUCAGUAAAGAGUACGAGAUUCCUAAGCCAGAUAAUUCGGUUGGAAAAUGCAAUGUGUUUGAAGGGAGGUGGAUCCAAGAUGAACGUUACCCGUUGUACAAUUCCUCCCUUUGUCCCUUUGCAGAAAGGGGAUUUAAUUGUUUGGCUAAUGGGCGAAAAGAUAGAGUUUAUACAAAAUGGAGGUGGAAGCCGAAGAAUUGUGACAUUCCACGUUUUGAUUCAAGAGAAAUGCUUGAAAAGCUUCGUGGAAAACGAGUUGUUUUUGUUGGCGAUUCAUUGAGCAGAACACAGUGGGAGUCUAUGAUAUGUAUGCUCAUGACUGGUGUGGAAGAUAAGAAGAGUGUUUAUGAAGUUAAUGGAAAUGAAAUCACAAAACGUAUUAGGUUUUUAGGUGUCCGAUUUAGUUCCUAUAAUAUUGGUGUUGAUUUCUACCGUUCAGUAUUUCUGGUUAAGCCUGGACCAGUGCCAAAGCGUGCCCCAAAGAGGGUUAAGUCAACCCUUCAACUUGACAAGUUGGAUGACAUUAACAAAAAGUGGAUUGAUGCUGAUGUUUUGAUAUUUAAUUCAGGGCACUGGUGGACACGGACUAAGCUUUUUGAAAUGGGCUGUUAUUUUCAGGCCAAUGGAUCGCUUAAACUUGGAAUGCCAACCAACACUGCCUUCAGAGCAGCAUUACACACUUGGGCAUCUUGGGUUGAGACUAUGGUCAACACAAAUAGAACAAGCAUAUUCUUUCGGACUUUUGAAUCUUCGCAUUGGAGCGGUCGAAACCGUAAUUCUUGCAAAGUGACUAGGCAACCUUCAUUGAGAACUAAAGGGCGGGAUCGCAGUCCGAUUUCAGACAUCAUAAUCGAUGUGGUGAAGAAAAUGUCAGCUCCUGUGACAGUUUUGCAUGUUACACCGAUGGGGGCAUUUCGCAGCGAUGCUCAUGUAGGUACUUGGAGUGACAAUCCAUCAGUUCCAGAUUGCAGCCAUUGGUGCCUGCCUGGAGUCCCUGAUACCUGGAAUGAAGUUCUCUUCUCCCAUCUGUGGUUGACGAACGGGACAUCCCGUCAGUGAUAACAAGCUCAGCUUUUCUUCUCCAGCUUCCAGCCUGUCUAAUUCCUUUUAUGGUUUGAUGAUUUUCUACCCUCUAGCAUAUCUGAAAAUUAAACUAAUGCAGCAUUAAGGAUGCAGAAUUUCUUCAUUUGUUUGUUUGCUUGUAUUAUAUUUUUUAUGUAGUAUCAGCAUAAAAACCAAUUUGCUCUUGAAUGCAACUGCCAUUAUGUAAUAUAUAUCAUAAAAAUUAAUCAAUUAUGUGUAUGAAUUUAGAACACCAAA